AUGAACUUGGAGACGGGCAGCCGGGGCUCAGAGUUCGGCAUGAGCGCGGUGAGCUGCGGCAACGGGAAACUCAGACAGUGGUUGAUCGACCAGAUCGACAGCGGCAAGUACCCCGGGCUGGUGUGGGAGAACGAGGAGAAGAGCGUCUUCCGCAUCCCGUGGAAACACGCGGGCAAACAGGACUACAACCGGGAGGAGGACGCAGCCCUCUUCAAGGCUUGGGCACUAUUUAAAGGCAAGUUCCGAGAAGGGAUUGACAAGCCAGAUCCUCCUACUUGGAAGACAAGAUUACGAUGCGCUCUGAACAAGAGCAAUGACUUUGAGGAACUGGUAGAGAGGAGUCAGCUGGAUAUCUCCGACCCAUACAAGGUCUACAGGAUUGUUCCGGAGGGAGCCAAAAAAGGAGCAAAGCAGCUCACUUUGGAAGACACGCAGAUGGCCAUGGGCCACCCCUACCCCAUGACAGCACCUUAUGGCUCUCUGCCAACCCAGCAGGUUCAUAACUACAUGAUGCCACCCCAUGACAGGAGCUGGAGGGAUUAUGCCCCUGACCAGUCACACCCAGAAAUCCCAUAUCAAUGUCCUGUGACGUUUGGCCCGCGCGGCCACCACUGGCAAAGCCCAUCUUGUGAAAAUGGUUGCCAGGUGACAGGAACCUUUUAUGCUUGUGCCCCACCUGAGUCCCAGGCUCCUGGAAUCCCCAUUGAGCCAAGCAUAAGGUCUGCUGAAGCCUUGGCGCUCUCAGACUGCCGGCUGCAUAUCUGCCUGUAUUACCGGGACAUCCUCGUGAAGGAGCUGACCACGUCCAGCCCCGAGGGCUGCCGGAUCUCCCACGGACAUACCUAUGAUGUUAGCAACCUGGACCAGGUCCUGUUCCCCUACCCCGACGACAAUGGGCAGAGGAAGAACAUUGAGAAGUUGCUGAGCCACCUGGAGAGGGGACUGGUCCUCUGGAUGGCCCCAGAUGGGCUUUAUGCCAAAAGACUGUGCCAGAGCAGGAUCUACUGGGAUGGGCCCUUGGCACUGUCCAGUGAUCGGCCCAACAAACUAGAACGAGACCACACUUGCAAGCUCUUUGACACGCAGCAGUUUCUAUCAGAACUUCAAGUGUUUGCUCACCACGGUCGGCCAGCACCGAGAUUCCAGGUGACUCUGUGCUUUGGUGAGGAGUUUCCAGACCCUCAGAGACAGAGGAAGCUUAUCACAGCUCAUGUGGAACCUCUGCUAGCCAGACAACUGUAUUUCUUUGCUCAACAAAACAGUGGACAUUUUCUGAGGGGCUACGAGUUACCUGAACACAUUAGCACUCCAGAUUAUCACCGGUCCCUCCGUCAUUCUUCCAUCCAAGAGUGAGAAGCCAACAGCAGGAAUGAUUUCAUUUAAUUGUAAAUACUCGGACAGGACAGCCAGUUGGAGCUAAGAAGCGGGUUCCCGCUUGAAGACAAAAACAUGGAUUCGUGAGGAGAAACAGCUGUAUCUGCCCAACAGAGGAGCUUGGUUCAGAAAAGUGCUUGUCAUCCAGGUCUUGACAAGUGCCAGUACUUGGGUGACUGUACCCCGGCUUAUAACUGUGAAACUUGACAGUGUCGUGUUUACAUGUACUUAAAUACUGGCUUUAGCCUGGUGUCGAUGGCCUUUCGCUUGAAGACUGAAAACCCGUGGCAGCAUAAAUCCCUGAUAAAAGACAUACAUAUUAUGGGUCCAUUUCUCAGGGAACGGAAGUCUAAACCAGAGACUACUCUGUCCAUCCACAGAGAAGUGCACUCCCCAGUGGAGUAGCUGUAGGUCUCCUGGACCAUGCCCACUGAGUGAAGGGUCUUGGUUCUUAGUCCCAGUCUAGGCUAUCACGUCCUGGUCCUACAGACUCUCUCUGAGUGGACCCUGUAUCCUGUUUGCUCCCUCCUCUAGCCCUUCUCUAAAAGCCAGCUGGUAGACUCUUGUUGCCACACACUUGAGCCAAAAAAGCAUCAGGGACAUAUAAGAUGAAGCAGUUUCGUAGUAUCUCCUCCAAUCUAACAACGACUGCAAACUGCAAAGU